AUGGGACAAAAGAAAAAGAAGUUGGCCAAGGGACGUUUGGACAAGUUUUACUACUUGGCCAAAGAGCAAGGCUACAGGUCUCGUGCCGCAUUCAAGCUGAUCCAACUCAACAAGAAGUACAACUUCCUCGGCUCUGCCAAGGCUUGUCUAGAUCUAUGUGCUGCACCAGGUGGAUGGAUGCAAGUCGCAUCAAAGUAUAUGCCAGUACAAUCAUUGAUUGUUGGUGUUGAUCUCGAUCCAAUCCGUCCAAUCAGGAACUGUGUUGGUCUACAAGAGGAUAUCACUACUCAGAAGUGUCGUACAGAGAUUAAGAAGACAUUGAAAACAUGGAAGGUCGACAUUUGCCUUCACGAUGGUGCACCUAAUAUGGGUACCUCUUGGAUCCAGGACGCUUAUCAACAGUCUGAGCUGACUUUGCAUGCAUUGAAGUUGGCUACAGAGUUCCUCACACCAGGUGGUUGGUUCGUCACCAAGGUGUUCCGUGGUGCCGACUACAACUCAUUGUUGUGGGUGAUGCAUCAGCUGUUCAAGAAGGUGGAGAGCACCAAGCCACAGGCAUCGAGAAACGCCUCGGCAGAGAUCUUUGUCGUGUGUCAGGGCUUCUUGGCACCAAAGAGGAUCGACCCAAAGCUGCUCGAUCCAAAGUACGUCUUCAAGGAGAUCCAGGAGGUCAAGAAGGUGGACGUGCUGUCCGAGAAGAAGGCCAAGAGAAACAGACAGGGUUACGAGGACGGCCUCACCAUGCUGCACAAGACCGGCACAGUCAAGGAGUUUGUCGAGGGCAACGAGCAUCUCAAGAUGCUGGCCACGUACAACCAGCUCGAGUUUGACGUCGAGAGCAAGAUCUACCUCGACCAUCCCGCCACCACACCCGAGAUCAAGUCGUGCAUGCGCGAUCUCAAGGUGCUGGGCAAGCACGACUUUAAGAGUCUGAUCAAGUGGAAGAAGGAGAUGGCCCUCUACAAGGAGCACCUGGACAACCCCAAGCGCGGCGCCGCCGCUGAGGGCGCCAAUGAGGAUGGCGAGUCAGCCAACCGUCUGCUGACCCAAGAGGAACUCGAUGAGAACCUGGACAAACUGAUGGAGGAGAACGUCGAGAAGAUGGAGAAGCGCAAGAGAAAGGAGAAGAAGAAGCAGAAUGAGAAGAAGAGGAACCUGCAGCGCAGGAUUGAGAUGAACAUGACCAUCCCAGGCGACACCAUCGACCAGGUCGACGACAACAACCUGUUCAAUCUGCAGCGCACACGUGAUCAUCAUAUCGAGGUCGACACCGACGCCAACAUCGACCCCGAGGAGCUCGAGCAGGAUGGUCUGUCCGACGACGACGACGAAGAGUACGACAACAACGAGGAGGCAGAGAUGGACAACGAUGAGUAUAUGGAGAUGCAGCUCGAGCAGCAGUACAUGCAGUAUUUAAAGAAGACCAAGGGCAAGUCUGGCGAGGUAGGCAUCGAGCGUCUGUCCAAGGACAAGCUGCUGAGUAUGGAGCAGGCCGGCCAAACCGUAGACAAUGCCGACGACGAGCAAGAGGAGGCCUACGACGAGAAUGAGGACGACGACCUGGAAGACAAGCUGGCCGACGAGUCACAUUCACUUGUAUUUGGAAAGAGAAAGAUGUCCGCCGAGAAGACCACCUCAAGAUGGUUCGACCAGGAUCUCUUUGAGGGCGUCGAUCAGGACGGCGAGGAGCCUGAGGCCCAGGAGCAAGACGACGACGAGAUGGACCGUCCAAUCAAACUGCAGAAGCUCACCAAGGACACAAGGGCACCAGUGGCCUUGCCAAAGAAGAAGAAGGAGAAGACUGGAAAGUACCAGGCAGCGCCAGGUGGCAAGCUCAGCGAUGAUGAGGACGAGGACGAUGAUGCGACCAAGAAGAAGGAGGAGGAUUUCGAGGUGGUGCCAAUGGAGGCGGAUGCAGUCGAGUACGAGUCUUCCGACGAGGAGGGAGAGGACAGCAAGAUCAAGACCCUGGCACUGGGCACACUGAUGCUGCGAAAGAAGAUGAAGCAGGACAUGAUCGACGACGCCUACAACCGUUACGCAUUCAACGACGAUAACCUACCCACAUGGUUCGAGGAGGAUGAGGGACGCCACAACAAGCCACAGACACCAAUCACCAAGGAGAUGGUUGAAGAGAUCAAGCGUAACAUCCGUGAGAUUGACUCACGUCCAAUCAAGAAGAUUGCCGAGGCCAAGGCCAGGAAGAAGUACAGAUUGGCCAAGCGCAUGGACAAGCUCAAGGACAAGGCCAACAAUGUGGUCGACAACGAGGAGAUGUCCAACCGCGAGAAGAUGCGCGCCAUCGAGAAGCUGUACAAGGGAUCAGAGAAGGCCGGCAACUCACGUCAACAAAAGAUCACUGUGAUCAGCAAGAAGUUCAAGACUGGCGGUGGCACGUCUGGCAAGUACAAGGUGGUCGACAAGAGAAUGAAGAAGGAGCUGCGCGCCAAGAAGAGAGUCGAUGCUAUCAAGAACAAGGGCAAAGGAAAGGGUGGUAGCAAGAAGAAGUAA